AUGAGAUCACAACCCGACGCCUCUAGCCCUGCCCCCAAACCCAAAAGCACUGAAAGAGAACUUCUAAUCAAAACAUCGCAAAAUAAUUACUUAAUUUUAAGAUUUUACAAAUAAUCUGUUAAAAUCUGCUUAUAAUUUAAGUUUACGGCGCCGUUUUAGUGCUCUUCUUCUUCCCGCCAUGGUAGCCCAGGUAGCAGAGCCCCACACCUCCUCCGCUCCUUCUCUCCCCCAGCAAAAUGGGCUCGACCCGGAAGAACCCGACCGGCACUCAGAUUCCAAUUUGGAUAGCACCAAAACCUUGAUCUGUGCCCUCAAUUUUCUCUCCCGGAAUUUGCCCUUGCCCCAACAUGUCUACGACGCCGUUUCCUCUAUUUACCUUUGUGCCGCCGACGAUGGAGGCGGUGAUGGCGUUUUGGUCGAUGACGUCAUCGAAAGGGCUGAGGUUGGAGUUGAAUCCUCCGUGGAAGGUCUCCAGAAGGAUGAGAUUACUACUCCACGGAGAAUGGAUGGUUCUGGUGGUUCAAGUUACAAUGAUUUAAUGUUGGACUUCGAGGAUGCCGUGUUAAAGCAACAAUCUUGCAUGUCUGGUUCUAGAUUAAACGAGUUAAAGGAAAACCGCUUUCAAAGCCAAAUCCAGCACCGGUUAGCCGAACUUGAAGGAUUGCCAACAAGCAGAGGUGAGGACCUCCAGUCUAGGUGCUUGGUUGAACUCUACGGGCUUAAGUUAGCUGAGCUACAGAGCAAAGUGCGGUCAGAAGUGAUUUCUGAAUAUUGGCUUCGUCUGCAUUGUGCAAAUCCAGAUAAGCAGUUGUUUGAUUGGGGAAUGAUGCGAUUGCGCCGUCCUUUAUAUGGUAUUGGAGAUGCUUUCGCUAUGGAAGCUGAUGAUGCCCUGAAGAAAAAACGAGAUGCUGAGAGGUUGUCAAGAUUAGAGGAAGAAGAGAGGAACCGUGUAGAAACUAGUAAAAGGAAAUUCUUUGCUGACUUACUCAAUGCUGUACGGGAACUCCAAUUGCAAGUACAGGCUGCCCAAAAACGCCGGAAACAAAGAAGUGACGGUGUCCAGGCUUGGCAUGGAAGGCAAAGGCAGCGAGCUACGCGGGCUGAGAAAUUGAGGUUCCAAGCUCUAAAAGCUGAUGAUCAAGAAGCUUACAUGAAAAUGGUUGAAGAGAGCAAAAAUGAAAGAUUGACAAUGCUUCUAGGAAAAACGAAUGAGCUCCUAGGUCGAUUGGGUGCUGCUGUCCAACGUCAAAAAGAUGCUGAACAUGACGGCAUUGAAGCCCUCCAAAAUUCAGACGCUGACUUGCUUGAGUUAUCUGGUUCAAGGACUGACACGCCAGGGCAGUCACCUCCAGAGGAAGAUGAAGAUGUUGAUAAUGAUUCUGAUCGUCAAGUGAAGACAGGUGAUUUACUUGAAGGCCAGCGAAAGUACAAUUCUGCUGUACAUUCUAUUGAGGAGAAGGUGACUGAGCAACCAGCUAUGCUUCAAGGUGGUGAGUUAAGACCAUAUCAGUUGGAGGGGCUUCAAUGGAUGUUGUCUUUGUUCAAUAACAAUUUAAAUGGAAUUUUAGCUGAUGAAAUGGGGUUGGGGAAGACAAUUCAGACAAUAUCUCUGAUUGCUUAUCUCAUCGAAAACAAAGGUGUUACUGGGCCCCACUUGAUUGUGGCCCCAAAGGCUGUCCUACCAAAUUGGAUGAAUGAAUUUUCAACUUGGGCUCCUAGUGUUGCUGCAGUUCUUUAUGAUGGGCGACUGGAUGAAAGAAAGGCAAUGAGAGAAGAGUAUUCAGGAGAGGGAAAGUUCAAUGUUUUGAUCACCCAUUAUGAUCUGAUUAUUAGAGACAAAGCAUUCUUGAAGAAAAUUCACUGGUACUACCUGAUUGUUGACGAAGGACAUCGACUUAAAAAUUAUGACUGUGUUCUUGCACGGACUCUUGUCUCUGGUUAUCGAAUUCGGCGGAGACUACUGUUGACUGGUACUCCCAUACAGAAUAGCUUGCAGGAAUUAUGGUCCCUGCUUAAUUUUCUCCUUCCUACUAUAUUUAAUUCAGUUGAAAACUUUGAGGAGUGGUUUAAUGCACCCUUUGCGGACAAAUGUGAUGUCAGUUUGACGGAUGAAGAACAACUAUUAGUCAUUCGGCGAUUGCACCAUGUCAUAAGGCCAUUCAUAUUGAGGAGGAAGAAAGAUGAGGUGGAGAAGUACCUUCCAAUUAAACGCCAAGUCAUACUUAAAUGUGACAUGUCUGCCUGGCAGAAACUAUAUUAUCAGCAAGUGACAGAUGUGGGAAGGGUUGGAUUGGCUAGUGGAACUGGGAAGUCCAAAAGCCUACAGAACCUGACAAUGCAGCUCCGCAAAUGUUGUAACCACCCAUACUUAUUUUUGGGUGAUUAUAAUAUGCUGCGUAAAGAGGAGAUUUUCAGAUCAUCUGGAAAGUUUGAGCUUCUUGAUCGCUUACUACCCAAGCUUCGUAAAGCUGGGCAUAGAGUCCUCCUUUUCUCUCAAAUGACGCGGCUCAUGACCAUUCUUGGAUAUUAUCUGGAAUUACAUGGUUACAAGUUUCUUAGACUUGAUGGCUCAACAAAAACUGAAGACAGAGGGGAAUUGCUAAAAAAAUUUAAUGCUCCAGACUCUCCUUACUUCAUAUUUCUUCUAAGCACACGUGCUGGAGGACUUGGUCUGAAUUUGCAGACUGCAGAUACCGUGAUAAUUUUUGACAGCGACUGGAAUCCUCAGAUGGACCAACAGGCUGAGGAUAGAGCGCAUCGCAUUGGUCAGAAGAAGGAGGUGGCAGUUUUUGUGCUGGUCAGUGUUGGAUCAAUUGAAGAGGUUAUCUUAGAACGAGCCAAGCAGAAAAUGGGCAUUGAUGCCAAGGUCAUCCAGGCAGGAUUGUUCAAUACAACUUCCACAGGUUCGUCACUUGUGAAGAUCUGUACUCUCAUUUUACCUCCUAUUGAGAAUGGAAAAUUGGUUUAAAGAUAUGAAACGAGUGGAGCUGGUUGAAUAGAGAUUGGUCUAGAAUUGACAAAUGGGUCUAUCAUAUUUUGCAGAUCAUCUCCAUCACGAAGAUUUAAGGGAAACUUGCACCAUUGUUUUUUACCUAUUCUCCCCCAACCUUUAAAAAGGGGGAAGUUGGUCACCAAACUUUCUGUACAUUUUGUACCAUUAGUCCUUAAUGACGAAAACUGUCCAAAUCUUCAUUAAAUUGUUGGUUGACCCUCAUUGGAAACAUACCUUACUUCAAAUUUCUGCCCACCAGCCCAAGUUGGGAAGUUAAACCUAGCUUCAUGGAGUUGGACAUGUGGUUCACAUGACGAUUAAACAGAUAUUUGAAGGUUUCUGUCAUUAGGGACUGAUUGUGCAAUUAUAAUUACAGGCGAGGUCCCAAUGGUGCAAUUUUACCCUGAGAUAAAAUGAUGCGGUUGACAUAUCUACUUGAUUUUUGGACCAUUAAAUUGUUGUAUGCCAAUGAUGUGGAUGAUAAUUGUCUCGGGUGUAAUGUACUACUCAAUUUUCCAUUUAGGAGGUUAC